CUGUGCACUGCGUUGUCAAAUUUUUGUUUUCGUCAUUUCGAUCCGUGUGCUGCUAGCUGUUCGUGAAAAUCGUGAAAACCAGACUCUGGCCUCAAAUAAAUCCGAUUUUCGAGGGCAUUUAGCGGAAGAAUCCUUGUCAGAAUAUCGUUUCACUGUUGGACAAUUGAUGUAUCAACAAAUCUGUCGUCGCAUCUCAUGGACCGCCGUCACACGUGAACCGUUCAGAACAUCAAGAAACUCGCUAGUGAUUCGACUAUCUGGUCCUACAAGCCGAUUCAUCCACACUAGUACGGCGGGUCGCGCAACGAACAAAACCAAAAUGGAAUCUACGUUGUCCAAUAAUGCCACUCUUCCCGAGCUUGCUUCUACGAUUGUCACUAGCGGUGCUGCGGACGGGGAAGGCAAAAUAAUCCGAUUGGACAACAUAUCGAAAUCACAGCAAGACGUUCGCAACUAUCGGGGUUUGAAGUUGGCUAACGGAUUGAAGGUUCUUCUGAUAUCUGAUCCUACAACGGACAAAUCUGCCGCCGCCCUAUCGGUAGAAGUGGGCCACCUGAGCGACCCGGACGAAAUUCCUGGGUUGGCUCACUUUUGCGAGCACAUGUUGUUCUUGGGAACGAAAAAGUACGUGAAUGAAAAUGAUUACACGGCGUUCCUCUCGGAAAACGGAGGCAGCUCCAAUGCGGCAACCUACGCGGAUACAACCAAAUAUUACUUUGAUGUUGUACCGGAAAAAUUGUCCGAGGCACUUGACCGCUUCUCGCAGUUUUUCAUUGCCCCGCUGUUUACGGAAUCGGCAACGGAGCGAGAAAUCAACGCAGUGCACUCGGAGCACGAGAAAAACCUAUCAAUGGAUGUUUGGCGUAUUCGACAGGUGAACAAGUCGCUGUGCGAUCCCAAACAUCCGUACAAUAAAUUUGGAACCGGUAACAAAAAGACAUUGCUUGAAGACACCAGAAAAAAUAAUAUCAAUAUCCGAGAAGAAUUGAUGAAAUUCCACGCUAAAUGGUACUCGGCCAAUAUAAUGAGUUUGGCCGUUUUUGGUAAGGAAUCGCUGGACGAACUAGAGGAAAUGGUCGUGAAAAUGUUCUCUCAAAUCGAGAACAAAAACGUUACAUCUCCUCGGUGGAAGGAUAUGCCUUUUUCUGAAAAGCAACUGGCCACAAGAACUAUGGUUGUUCCGGUAAAAGAUACGCGCUCGUUAACUAUCACCUUCCAAACGGAAGAUUUAGAAAUGUUUUACAAAGCCGGUCCGCAAUACUAUUUGAGCCUACUGAUUGGGGACGAAGGGGCCGGAAGUAUUCUCUCGGAAUUGAAAGCAAAGGGCUGGAGUAAUAAUCUGGUUGGUGGAUACAGCACAAUCGGUCGUGGUUUUGGAUUCUUCGAAGUUAUGGUUGAUUUGACACAGGACGGAUUCUCACACGUGGAUGACAUCGUGAAAAUAAUUUUCCAAUACAUCAACAUGCUUCGCCAUGAGGGUCCUAAGAAGUGGAUAUUCGAGGAGUACUGCGACUUGUGUGAAAUGCAGUUCCGAUUCAAGGAUAAAGAAAAUCCACUUUCGCUAGUGUCGGACGCUGUGCAUUCUAUGCAAAGUUAUCCGCUGGAAGAGGUACUGACAGCUCCUUAUCUGAUUUCGGAAUGGCGCCCAGAUUUAAUUGAAAAGCUUUGGGGAGAAUUUUCGCCACAGAAGGCUCGAAUUACCGUAGUUGGAAAGAAGUGCGAGGAUUUGGUCAACCGUGAAGAAGAAUGGUACGGCACGAAGUAUGCUAGUGAAAAAAUCGCGAAAACUGUAUUGGAUUACUGGUCGAAAACGGACCUCAACGAAAAUCUACACCUGCCGGAGCCAAAUCCAUUUAUUCCGACCGAUUUCGAGCUGCUGCCGGUUGAUCCAGAUAUACAGAAUUUGCCGGUCAUCAUUCACAAUACUCCGAUGCUGCGUGUCUGGUUUAAGCAGGAUGUCGAAUUUUUGAAGCCUAAAACGCUGAUGAAUAUGGACUUUUGCAGUCCGAUCGUGUACUCGGAUCCGCUCAACUGCAAUCUGACACACUUGUUUGUGCAGCUCUUCAAAGAUCAGCUAAACGAGUACCUGUAUGCGGCAGAUUUGGCUGGACUACGUCUCAUGGUUUCCAAUAGUACCUAUGGCAUUUCUGUUUCAAUUGGCGGCUACAGUCACAAACAACAUGUUUUGCUGGAAAAGGUUUUGAAUGAACUGUACACUUUCAAAAUCGACGAAAAGCGGUUCGAAAUUCUCAAGGAACAAUAUAUCCGCAACUUGAAAAACUACCACGCUGAUCAACCGUAUCAGCAAGCUGUUUACUAUCUGGCCCUUCUGUUGACCGAACAGGCCUGGUCAAAGCAAGAGUUGAUCGAUGCAUCCGAAUUGAUAACGGUAGAUCGUUUGCGAUUAUUUAUCGACGAGUUGCUCUCUCGAAUGCACGUCGAAUGUUUCUUCUACGGAAAUGUGAACAAAGAAAAGGCGCUGGACAUAGCCGGUAAGGUGGAAGACAAGCUAAAAAACACUGAUGCUGCCAUAGUUCCGCUGCUGUCGCGGCAGCUGAUGCUCAAACGAGAGUAUAGACUCAAUACUGGCGAAAGCAGUUUGUUUGAAACAAUCAACGAACACCAUAAGAGCAGCUGUGCCGAAUUGUAUCUGCAGUGUGGCAUUCAGAACGAUCAGGCCAACGUGUACGUCGAUCUGGUAACGCAGAUUCUAAGCGAACCAUGCUAUAAUCAGCUUCGUACCAAGGAACAGCUCGGGUAUAUAGUGUUUUGCGGAUCCCGCAAAUCCAACGGUGUUCAGGGUAUUCGGGUCAUUGUGCAAUCGGCAAAGCACCCCUCUUUUGUCGAGGAACGGAUAGAGUAUUUCCUGAAUGGAAUGAUUGAUCAUCUGGAAGCCAUGACCGACGAAGAGUUCAACCGUCACAAGGAUGCCCUUGCAGCACAGAAGCUCGAGAAACCAAAACGACUAUCCACCCAGUUUAGGAAAUACCUCAACGAAAUAUCCCUGCAACAGUACCACUUUAACCGUGCUCAGGUUGAGGUGGCUUUUUUACAAACACUUACUAAACAACAGAUAAUCGAUUACUAUAAGGAAUACAUAAUCUUGGGUGGCAUCUCUCGUCGUUCCCUCUCGGUGCAUGUGGUUUCAACGGCCGAGGGUGGUGCUGGUCACAAAGACGUGCCGGAAGAGCUUAAGGAACGUAGCACCAACGAACCGACCACCCAGAAGGAAUAUCUUAAAAUUUGCGACUUGGUUGGCUUCAAAACGACCCGUUUACUGUACCCGAUCGUGCAGCCGUACAUCGAUAUCAAACCAAAGGGCAGUAAGUGUAAACUGUAAGGCGGUGUCAUCAUAACUUGGUAGGUAGUAAUUUUGGUUCUUAGUCGACAAGAAGGAUUACGAUUCUUCGUGUGUUUAAUCUUCAAUUGUAUAGACACAUAUAUUUGACACAGUGCUGGAAACGUAUAUCAUAUUGCUGCGAUUUUGUUGUGUGUUUUUAAGGAAAAAUAAUAUUAUUUUUCGAAUUAGUUUAGUACUUAGAUUCAUUGUUUUGAAUUUGUUGAAAACUUAUCAUUUUUAUUUUCAUACUUACAUAAUAUAUCUAUUGAAAACGCUAAGAAAAUAAUAUGAUAAUGCAAAUGACGUAUUGACUCAGUCACGAUUAAUGUCUGACUCUAUAAGUAAAUAACCACUUCGACGAGUAUUUUGUCCUGCUUCAGAUAGGAAUUGGUUAGCAAGGCACGGUAUGGUAUGGCAAAACCGGUAUUGGUAUUCCAAAACUCAUGUGAGUUGAGAUCACUGAAUGGCACACCCUUUAAAGAAAAGCAAAGAAAAUCAUUACUGAAUACAACCUACAAUCAUGAAUAGCACAAUUACAAAAUUUAAACAAAA